AUGCCAGGUCCGUCGGCAUUCGUCCCUCCAUUACCCCCUCCUCCUCCGCCUACAUCAGCGUCCAGCGCUCUUGGCAAAAGGCCCGCCACAUCGGAUGUUAUCCUAGGCAGAACACAGAGGAAGACAGCAGAUGACACAAGAAAAGCGCAAAAAAAGAUUGAUAAUGCCAUGCUGGUUCCGGAUACCCCACCCAAUGCGGCACAUGCGAAUCUGUUGGCGACAAAGUGGUUGAAUACGACGAAGCUUGCUGAGCUUGCGGAAACACAGGGAUUGGUCUAUAAAAAGGGCAAGUUUUCCGCCAUCGAGGAGGAGCAGCUGAAGAACGCCAUCGAGCACUAUCGAACGAAAAACGAGCUGUCUUAUGAACAGAUCCACGAAAUGAUAUUCUCUAAGAACGAUAAGAGAGAUCAAAAUUUCUGGUCUGAAAUCACCGCGGCUGUGCCCCAGCGUCCUAUCGUUGCGGUCUAUCAUCACGUCCGGCGUACACACCACCCCUUGAAAGCCAGGGGUAAAUGGAUGCCGUCAGAAGAUGAAAGCCUCAUACAGGCUGUGUCCGAUCUUGGUCAACAAUGGGAGAAAGUAAGUCAGCGCGUUGGACGUAUGGCCGCGGACUGCAGAGAUCGGUAUCGGAACCAUCUUGCUGACAGAGACAAGCGAGCUAUCGGCCACUGGACCAAGGAGGAGGAGGAGGAGCUUACCAGGAUCGUCACGGAGAUGACUGUCGAACAGGGCAAGGACAUGGAUAAUGACGUCUUCUGGGGCGUCGUGGCCAAGAGAAUGGGCGAUCGGAGAGGAAGGCAGCAGUGUCGUAUCAAAUGGACGGAUUCCCUUAGUAAGACUUACAAGAGUGGAGGUCAGAAACCCAGAUGGAGUCAAAGGGAUGCGCAUAUACUCGUCCACAAAAUCGCUUCGCUCAAUGUGCGCGAUGAUACUGAGAUAGACUGGAAGGUGCUGCCCGAUGAGAGCUGGAACCUCUGGAGCGCUCACAUUCUGCAGCGUCGGUGGAUGACGCUGAAGAAGAGUGUUAGAGGGUGGGAAGACAUGACGCAUCAAGAGAUCAUGGAUAUCCUGACGGUGAAGAAAGCGGAUAUGCCGCCCUCGCCUCACCCGCACAAAAGAAAGCAAAAGCGGAGUGCGGAGGUGAUUGCUGAGUCCGAGGAUGGGGCCGCUGCUGGAUCUGAGUAG